AUGUAUAUAUGCUCAAACGCUACACCGCCGCACGUCCGUGCGCUCGCACAUCGGGGAUCGUGUCAUGCAUUUGGCCUACUGCAUUUGACCGUAUUGAGAAAACCGGUUCGUUCACUCAUUGGCCUGGAUACGAUUCGAAUCCGAUUUACAGAUGCGUGCACCGGUAUCAAAUGUCACGAGAACGGAUUCUGUCAGGACGGGCGUUGCUAUUGUCGUGACGGUUUUGAAGGUGACGGAUAUUGGGAGUGUAGACCACGUGUAGCCGACCCAUGCGCAAAUGUCACUUGUUCGGAGAACGCAUUCUGUCGAGCCGGACAUUGUGAAUGUGAUUCUGGUUAUCAGAUGGACUCAUACGGUCGUUGUGUUGCGACCAGUUAC